AUGGCUAGGCCAACAGGCGGCGGUCACACCCAUGUCGCUUGCGUCCCGUUGUUCGCUUUCAGAAUACUGCUCUUCCCCUCGGACAUAUCCAAAAGGGGCCUGCAGCACCCAGGCGCACUAGGAGAUGAAAAAAUAAAAGCAACUGAAGCAACUACCCUUGAGUUAACAGCAAAAUAUGAAGAUGCUGCCAAGAAAUUACAGGUAUCUACCGAAACUAUCACAGAACUGGAAAAGCAAGUUAUAUCUCUAAAUACAGAUUUAGAAAAAGCUCGGGAGAAAAUAACAUGGUUAGAAAAUGAAGCCGUUUCUCUUAACAGUGCUAGAGAUGCUGCAGUUGAUGAAAGAAAUGACUUAACCCGAAUAUUAGAAAGGCGUGAUACUGAGAUUGAAAGACUAACAGCUAAUCAAAUAUCAUUGUCUCAACAGCUACGCGCUGCUAUAGAUUCUAAAUGUGAAGCAUUAGCUUUGAAUGAUGAAAUACAAAGUAAAGAACUUUCUCUUCAGUACCGAGAAAAGCGUUUGGAUCAAGAAAGGGUUUUGUUAAAUUCUCAAAUUACUGCACUAACUGAAAAAGUAAAUAGACUUACAACGGAAUUACAAACUAUAAGACUAAAUAAUACUAGUAGACUUGUAAGCCUGGAAGCACAACUUGCAGAAAAAGUUGAAGAGUUAAAAUCAGCUUAUGAAACAAUUGAGCAAUUGAAUGAAACUAAAAAGCAUUUAAAUAACCGGGCUGAACACUUAGCACAACGCGCAAAAACCACUGAAUUAACUGAAGGCAUUUUAGAAUUACAAAAACUGCUCAAUGAAGCUACUGAACAAUAUGGUGAUCUUGAAACAAAGUAUAAACAGGCUGAAGUGGACCAUGAAGAGCUGAUGGACAAAAAAAAUGAAAUUAUUUCCUCAUUGAAAAACGAACUAGAACAUGCAAAUGAUUUGUUAAAAGCUGCUACAGCAAAAAAUCUGGAUAUGGCACUUAGCGAUUUGGCCCCAUCUGCAGCCACUGCUAGUAAAGUCAUGAAAUCAGGCAUGACAUUGACUCAAAUAUAUUCACAAUUAGUUACAGUUACUGAUGAGUUAAGCCAGAAAAAAGAAGAAAAUAGCCAACUUAAUAUAACUAUUCAUAAAAUUGUCCAAGAACUUGAAGAAAAAGCCCCCUUGUUACAAAAACAGAGAGCAGAAUAUCUGGAAGCAAAGGAGAGCAAUGUAGCUUUGACACAACAAAUAGAGUUUUUAGUUAUUGAAUGUAACAAGCUAAGGGAUGAUUACUGUGAAGCAUCUAAAAUUUCUAAUCACUACAGCCGUGAAAAUAAUCGCUUAAAAGGUGAACUGGCUGAUUUAGGUAGGCAAGUUUGCUUUUUGUUAAAAGAAAUAGAACAUACUCGAGGUGAGCUACAUAAUGGGGAUCAUGAUUCAUCAAAUACUACUAAUAUUACAAAUUCUUCUGAGAUGAGUUCCUCAGGGAUAAUAUCGAAGACAUUGGUGACAUUUAGUAAUGUUCAAGAGCUGCAAGCAAAUAAUCAAAAACUUUUACGGAUGAUUCGUGAGCUAACAGAUAUACAAGAAGAGUUGGAACGCCAUAAAGAACAAUUUGAGAGUGGAGAAAUGGAGAAAAAAAACGAAGCUUUGAAACAAAGAGUCACUGAACUAACAGAAGCUCAAGAAAGACAAACUAAAAUGAUAAAUGGCCUAAUAAGACAACGUGAUAUGUUUAAAAAGCUCUAUCAUGAUCAUAUGAAAGGCAAACGUCAUGAAAUGUCUUCAGACAUAGAUACUUCGGAUUUGGAAAAGGAUGAAUCACUUAUAAUGAACUCAUCAGAAAAUCCUCAGAAACCUGCUGUAGCCGAAGUUUCAAAUUUUGAAGUAAAAUAUAAGGAAACUGAAAAACAACUUGAGCUUUUAAAAGUUGAAUAUAAAACUUACAAAGAAGAAAAAGUUACGAACGAGAGAAUGUUAUUUGAGCAGAUUGACAACAUGAGACAAGAAAUAGCAAAAUUAACAGCAGCAAGUAGUAAAAGUGCGUCAACUUCAGAAUAUAAUAUUGAAAGAUUAAAAAUAUUGCAAACCAACAUUGCCACAUACAAAAAACAAAUUUCAUCAUUAGAAGAUAAAAAUAAAGCAUACAAUGCUACUAUUGCUAAACACGAAGUUUCAUUGCAACAUUUAAGAGAUGAAGUUUUAAAUGCACAGGGAAAGCUAGCAAGUGCAGAAAUACAAGUUGAAAACCUAAAGUUAGAAAAUAAGUUAUUAAAAGAUGCGGAAAUGCGCUUGCAGACUGAAAAAGAAUUAAUAAAUAGAGAGCGACAAGGUCAGUCUUUGCUUUUGAAAAAUUUAGAAAUGAUAAAAACAAGCUUGCAACGCGUUGAAACCGAAAAUCACGCUAAAAUAGAAACAAGAUUCGAUGAAGCCACUCGUGAAUGUGCAGCUUUAAGAAGAAGAUUGCAAGAAGAACAGGACAGAUUUAGAGAAUUAGCACCUCAUUUAGAGCGCCAAACAGCAAUUGCUAAAUCACGCAUGCAAGAAGAGAAAGACGCAGCAAAUGCGAUGAGAAAAGAAAUUCAGCAACUCAGAAAUGACUUAAUUGAGAAAGACAAAGCAAAUGAAGAAAUAACCAAAAAACUUAAAGUUGCAUUGUCACCAAAUACUGAUGGAUCGCUAGAUACUAUAAAGAAAAUUAAAGAACUUGAAAUUAAAUCGUCAGAUAGAGAUAAUGAAAUAAAGUCUCUUUUAGAACAGCUCAACACUGCAAAAGAACACAUUAAACAAUAUUGUGACAUCGCUGAAAAUGCUGAAAAAGAACUGAAAAAUUUAAAUUCAGAAUAUGAAAAAUAUAAAUUGGAAACUGAGGCUAAGCUUACUGAACAUGCAGAAAAGUUACAGCUUCUUGAAGAUAAGUGUUCUGAAUUAGAAGCAGAGCUUUCUCUUCAAGCUAAUGGUGAAUAUUCCACUGCAAACAUCAGUUUGAAAAAUGAAUUAGAAAAUGUGAAAGAAGAAUUAAAGAACACAUUGGCUAAUUAUGACAACUGUCGUUCUGAAUUAGAAAGUUCGCGUAGUGAAAUCACGAAGUUAUCAGAGGCUGUUCAAAUGGCUGAAGACAAAUAUACACAUGAAAUGAUUUUACAUUCUUCAGACAUCCAAACAUUAUCUAAUGUAAAAGAAGAGUUGUCAAGAGCACAAAAUCAGCUUAAUGAACUAGUAGCUUUGAAAAAUAAUACAGUAGAGAAAAUGGAAUCAGAGAAAAUGUCAUUAAUUGAAAGAGAAAAGAUUCUUAUUGGGGAAAAUGAACAGCUAGCUCAGCGUUUGAAAGAUCUUAAUGAUCAAAAUUCUUUGCUGCAUGAACAAAUCCAAGCACUAGGUACACGGCUGUCAGUUUCUCAUGCAUCUAGAUCUUAUUCGGAGAGUAUGAAUGAAUCUGCUAACGAUUCUAACAUCAAUAUAUCUUAUACUGAGGAUGGGAAAUCCUCUGAACAACUGUUACAGAUUAUUAAAUUGUUGCGAAAAGAAAAAGAUAUUGCAGUAGCUAAGUUUGAAAUAUUACAAGCAGAGACUAUGCGAUUAAAAUCACAGUUAGAAAUUACUGAAAAACAACUUGAUGAUUGUAAAUUAUCUUUAGCAGCUGAAAGAGAGAAAUCCGAAGUUAGUAUGGUAACAGUGAAUAGACAGUCUGAUAUCUUAAGAAAAGUGGAGACGUUGGAUGCUUUAACAGACAGUAAUAGAAGUUUACGCGAAGAGCGUGAUACAUUAAAAAAUCAAGUGGAAGAAUUGACACUUAACAUAAAAUCAUUAGAAGAACAAUUUGGUCCACUUCAGGAAAAGAUAGGUGAUUACAAAUCUAAGAAUGAAACAUUGCUUUCCGAAAACACUGUCUUGAAGGCUGAUUCUGCAAGAUGGAGGACAAGAGUAAAUGCUCUCGUGGAGCGCGCCAACAAAACAAGUUCUGAAGACUGGAAACGCUUGAAAAAUGAAAGAGAAACUCUUGCUAAAAUGCUGACAAAUGAGAAAGAAAAUCUUAGAAAAGUAAGUGAAGAGUUAGGUGCACUAAAAGUUGAAAAAUCCAAAUUAGAAGAACAAUACUCAUUGCUUGCACGUCAACAGAAUAAUGUCGUAGAAGAAAAUAAAAAACUUAAUGAAGAACUGCAAGUUCUUAAAGAUGAUAUGUCACGUUUGACGGAAGAAUUAGCAAAAAUUAGAGCAGAAAAUAAAACAGCAACUGAUACAAAUGCCAGGCUGGCCGAGGAGAUCAAUAACAGAGAAGCUUCUCUAUCUGAUAUAAGGAAUAAGGAAAAUCAAAUCCGUAAGAUUGCUAAAAAUUAUAAAUGUGAAGAACUUGUCAAAUCAGUAGAAGAGGAAAAGCAAAAGAAAGAAGAUAAAGGAACUGCUGCAGGUAUAGCGAUAGCAGAAAACACAAAGAAAGUUGAAGAGCAAUUGACUGAAGUACAAAAGCUGUUAGAUGCGGAAAAAGCUAACAAUGAAAAACUAAAGCAAGAAAUCGAGACACUCAAAACUGUAAAUAUGAAUAAAUCUAAACAACAAGCUACAACAGAGAAAACUACAACUGAUCCUCCGACAGCAAACAUCAAACCUAUGGCUGGAGCAGUGAGCGCGGGCCCGACGUCCGCGUCGGCGCCGGUGAGCACGUCGCACGCCGCGCCGCUCGUCAGCACCUCGCACGCCGCGCCCGGCGUCAGCACCUCGCACGCGGCUCCAGGCGUCACAACGUCGCAUACGGCGCCGGGAGUAAGCACUACGCACGCCGUGCUCGGCGUCAGCACGUCGCAUGCGCAGCCCGGCAUCCGGCCGCCCAAGCGCCGCAUGCAACAGCGACCGCUCACUGCCAAACGGAUACGAGUUCAGGGCUUUGAGCGUUCAGUGGAGGUGGAGUACCAGGUGCCGACGUCGUCGCGCUGCGACCAAGACGACGAGGGCGUCAUCGUAGUUGAUUCGGAGGAAGACGACGAGCGAUGCACAGGCACCAUGUACAGGGAGGGCGAAGAGGGCGAAGAGGACGAAGACAUAGAGGAGGAGCAGGAGGUUGAAGGCGGUGAAGAAGAAGAGGAAACAGAAUCUCCUUCUGCUUACUCUUCUUCUUCGGAAGAAGAAGACACUAUUUCUGAUUCCUCUUCCUCUUCCGACGCGGAGAACGGAACACUACAGGUGACUAUUUUCUUCUCAAAAUAA